AUGUCUUUGAUUGAAAUGCUUGACGAUGUGGACGUGUUCAGCUGUUUUGGUCUGACCAAGAUUCGAACCUUAUCCACUGCGAGAAACCUUGUCUACCUCACUAGACAUAUCAAGUACAAAUCUGUUCAGAAAGUGGUCAAGGUCUACGAGAACGACAAGGUCUCGACGGAAAGAUUCAAGAGCGAGGUGGAGAUCCUUCAGAAGUUGCAUCACCCGAACAUCAUGGCCUUCGACAGAGCCGCCAUGUUAGCGUCACAGAACGUGAUUCUGAUGCCCUACUGCGAGUUGGGUGCUCUCUACCAUCAUGUCGGGAAGAUCAGCUUGUUCCAACUCGACGACUACCUGUUGCAGAUGUGCGGGGGCGUCAAGUACCUGCACAGUCAGAACAUCGUGCACCGGGACAUCAAGCUGGACAACAUCCUGCUGGACGCUGGUCAGCGGUUGUACAUCACGGACUUUGACCUGUCCUGUACGGUGCCCCCCGGGAACCCGGUGGUUCACCAGCUUGUGGGGACGGAUGCGUACAUGGCGCCCGAGAUGUUGGCCAGCCCUAAAGGGUACUAUGAUGGAUUUAAGCUGGACGUGUAUGCCCUGGGUGUGGUCCUAUGGUGCCUGUUGUUUCAGGCCGACAUCCACAACCCCGUGGACUACCUAGACGUAACCCACACCCACGACUGGCCCUUCUCCAUGCUGUUCUACAAGUGGGUUCUGCUCAAUGUCCUGCAACCCGACCCCGCCCUUCGAUGGGACAUCGAGAAGAUGGUCAAAUCACUGGGUCAAGCUGAUUGGCUAGCAGAGAGAGCUCUCCUGCUUUAA